AUGUCGGUGACCUUCGUGAGCCCCGCGUCCGCCGGCGCCGCCCGCGGCACGGCGCUGCCGGGCGUCGGAGCCGCCCCGCGGGCCGGUGCCACCGGCAGCUCGGGCGCCGGCAGCGCGGCCGGCCUGGCGGGGGCCUUGUGCCUGGGGGCCUUGGCUUCCAAAGGUUCGGCGGGCGCUCGCACCAAGAGGGGCUCCAAGGUGGUCGCGCAAGCACUGGGCUCCAUCGAUCAGUUCAAGGUCUUUGGACCUCCCGAAGAUCCCUUCGAGAUCGAGACCGACAAGGUGCUUGGUGUGGGUGGCCAGGGUACUGUCUACUUGUGCCACAAGAGAAGCACGCCCAACGUGAAGCAUGCCGUGAAGACCAUCCCCAUUUGGCGACUGCUCAUGGACCCCUCCUGUGAUCAGAAGAUCGCGGAGAUCCGAAAAGAGACCGAUGUCUUGAUGAAGAUCCAGGGCCAUCCCAACAUCUGCAGCUGCCUCGGUUGCUUCGAUGCUUACCGGCCUGGCACCUCCCAGGCUCAGUACAUCAUGAUCGUCAUGGAGCUCAUUGACGGAGGUGAGUUGGCGGGCUACAUCAAAGAUGGCCAGAACAGCUUGCCCGAGGACGUGGUGAAGAGCGUGGCGAAGCAGACCGCGGCGGGGUUGAAGUUCAUCCACGACAAGGACGUGGUGCAUCGCGACUUGAAGGCGGAGAACAUCUUGGUCUGUGCACAGCAGAUCACUGCCACGACUCCCGUGAAGCUGAUCGACUUCGGCGUGGCCAAGAGCCUGUCGGGCACCAUCGCGCGCAGCUGCGUGGGCACCACCGAGAUCAUGGCGCCGGAGCUGGUGAGUGCCAAGCUGAUGAUCGCCCCGAAGGGCGCCUCCAUGAAGAAGCACGGACCAUACACCUUCAAGAGCCCACAGGAGGCGUCCCCGGGCUUCGGCAUCGUGACGCAGCGCCCGGAUGGGAAGGGCGCCAUGGUGAACGGCAUCGAGCCCGGAGGCCAGGCUGCCGGCUUCAACGUGGGCGACGGCUGGGCGAUCUCCUCCAUCAACGGCACUGAGAUUUUGGAGAUGCCUUUCGUCAAGGACUUCAACGAGCUGGGCGCCGGAACCAAGGCGGGCGUGACGGCCAUCGCAGAGAUCCUCGGGAACCUGAACGGCCCCUUCACCUGCGAGUUCGUGGAGCUACCAAAGCGAGAGUUCACCAAGUCGGUGGAUCUGUGGAGCCUGGGCGUGACGAUGUACGUGAUGCUCACGGGUGUGAAGCCUUUCACGGAGGAGGCCAAGAUCGUGGAUGGUGAGUAUGAUCCUAGCCUGUUGAACCGCUGCUCCCCACAGGCCCAGGACCUGGUCCGAAGCCUCCUCAAGGUGAACCCGGCGGAGCGACCGACCAUCGACCAGGUUCUGGCACACCCCUUCUUGCAGUAG